AUGGCAGAAGUCGAGUCAUACGCAGGGAGUUGCCACUGUGGCCAAGUCAAGUACUCCUUUUCCCUAUCGCCGCCGAUUGAGGAACAGGAGGUCGUCCAGUGUAACUGCUUAUCGCUUUGGAUCCGAGCAGGUCCCCCAUUAUUUCUUCAUAUUAUUGCAUUGAAUGUACGCACUAUUCCCGGUGUUGAGAUUGAGUCUUUGAAAAUUAAGAAGAUGGACGGGAAGAGUGCCACGAUUGAUAGGGAGCGUUAA